CUAGUCUACAAGGUUCACACAAACAUGACUGAAGAAGAUCAACCUGUGAUAGAUCUAGAUGGUCGAAAUGGGGACAGAAUUGAUUAUACAGCUACAGAAGAUAAAUAUAGAAGUACAGACCUACCAACAUCUCCGGUACAGACAGGGCGAGGUCGGCUUGCGAGUCUAGCAAGUCAAGGAACAACCCGUACUCUUCCUACAGCGCAGUUAGAGGUUAAACUACCUUGGUAUAAAAGUGUUACAUGGAAGGAUAUACGUGAUAUCCUUCCUACCCUGAUAAUCCUGUUAGUUGGACUUCUCAUCAUGGUUAUAGUUAUACCUUAUGCAUUCAGCUCAGUUAUUAAACAGUUACAACAGGAGCAGGAGUUAAAUCGUCUACGCGAAGAACUUGAACUCAACAAAACAGAAUCAGACAAAACAAAGAAUUUAGAGUAAAAAUUCUUAAUAUUUUUUAUAAAACUGCUCAAAAUUCCCCCCCCCCCUUACACUCAGAACUUGUUAGUUAACAGUAUAGGCCCACAAUCCCACCAAUACCAUAACAUUUAUUUAUAUCCCUCACUAGAAACAUGAUACCAUUCUAUCCCCUUGUGUAUACAACUUCUCUAAAAAUACCAGAAUGUCUCAGAAAAAGUAGGUUUGUAAAAUAAACGAUGGUGUUCCAAAAAUUUUUUAAUAUUCUGGAUUUUUCCUGAAAAAAAAUCAAUGUCUAAAAAAUGACCAAAGUUUUUUUUUCAAACAUUUUAACCCAGAGUUAAGGUUGUAAAAAAACUUAUUUUUAAUAUUUGACAAAAUUAUAGUGCAGCCCUCCAACUCUCCCUCUUUUUAUAGCAUUUAAUUUAAACAUUGGUCCAAUAGUUGGGAAAGAAAAAGUUAUGUUGGGGUCAGCUCAGCGUCUACAGUUUUGUUUACAACUUUUCAGUCUAAUUUAUACUGGAGAGAGAAUACAGAAUUACAAAAUAAAAAGUUCUGCGAGCACAGUCUCUUAGUUUUCGGGUUAUGGAUCACAGUCUCUUAGUUUUCGGGUUAUGGAUCACAGUCUCUAAAUCCUAUCCCGAUUGGGCUAGUUUAGUCUAAUAUAGAUGAGGGGGGGGGGGGGUGUUUUCCAUUCCUCCCACAUGAUUUU